CCAGUCACUGCCCUGAUAAGUCGCCAGUUGUACACCAGACGUGUAGCGUGGAGCAUUGUUACUCUCGUUCCUCUUCCCUUCCUACCUUGCUCGCGCCCUGGGGGACAUACUCUAUUAUUAUCAUCUGCAUCUUCACUGUAACCCACUACGAAAGAGGAAGCACUACUACUGUAUUUACCCUGCGGUCGAAGCAUGUGUGUUUAUCUGGUGUGUGGUGGUGGAGUUGUCAUAGAUACGACCUGGAACAAACUAAUAACAUUAGGAGGAAGAUGGUAAGGAAGUUAGAGGAUGGAGGAGGAGGAGGAGGGUGGGAGUGGCAGGGGUAGUGAUGGAGGGAUGCCUGCUACAUGUAUAAUCAAUGGAGGACUAUCAGUGUGUACUUGAUCACGACGUCUUCACUUCCAACGCUGGUCGACUCUUGGAGGUUUACUGCAGUGAUUUUCCCCUCGUGACGGUGUGAGGUUGUGUGAACUUUGUGUAAGACAUGAAUGCUAAAGAAAAUGGUUUGACUUCAGUGUAAGACCAUUGUUAUGGCGAGAAAGUGUUUUUAAGUGCAUUGAUGAUGAAAGUCAGGUGAAGGAAAUGUAAUACAUUACUAUAUUCAAUUCACACUUCAUCCCGAUGUAUACUACCUACCGCAGGAACGCUGAGAGGAUGUUGCGUGAGGCUCAGGAAUCUCCUGACACGGCAACCUCUCCUUCAGGAGAGAGUUCCUUACCUUCACCACCAACCCUCACCACUACAACCAUUAACACCACUGCUACCACUACUAUAGAAGAGGGGGAAGAGAUUGCCUUGGAGACUCUAAGUAGUAAUGCGAGGGAGAGACGCAACAGUACCACAGGGGAUGUUACAACUGUUACCCUCACCACCAGCUCUCCAGGGGACAAUACCACGUCCCCGCCACCCACAGGACAACCAUCAUUCACUACCAUGCCAAUCCCCGCCAUCCUGGAGCCUAGCCGCGUUGAGGGCACCAACUCUUGCACCUCCACGUACCCUCUAGCCUUACAACCUGACCCACACUCGCCCUACAGGGGCAAGCUACCUCCCGUGGCGACGGCCUCCCGCAUGCAGACUGUAUUCGACAGCAAUGGCGUUUUCACCAUCACCACCAGCACUAACACCCGCCCUCAAUCACGCCCACAGUCAGUUAUCAGCCAGCAACCUCUCACCAUCCUCCCUCUCUCCAAAGAUAAAACCAGACACAACAAUAACACGCAGAUCUACACGGGGAACGCAGAGAGGAGCAGCAGUGGCAGCAAGUACGACCGUGUGACGCUCUCUUCGUCAGGCAGUGAACAGAGUAAGACCAGGGCAGGUGGAGACAACGAGACAGAUUGUGACAACCGCACUGCAAGAAGGCAGAACUGUUGUGACAAGCUGUGUGACGGAGCCUCUAUACUGUGGUGUAUGGUGUGUGACUGCUCCUGCUGCCACUGUGACCUCUGCUGUCUGCUCUGCAGGAUCUGCGUCGCCCUGUAGCUAGUCUGCUACUGUCUACUUCUGCUGCACACCACCACAAGUCCUACGCUGUCUGCUGUCAACCUACUCAGCAGACAGCCAGGAGAGAGAGAGAGAGAGAGAGAGAGAGAGAGAGAGAGAGAGAGAGAGAGAGAGAGAGAGAGAGAGAGAGAGAGAGAGAGAGAGAGAGAGAGAGAGAGAGAAAUAAAAGCAGAUACAUAAUAAUAUUUUAUCUAACAAUAGUUACUGUCUCUGAUUUUCCAGAAUUGUUCGUCUGUGUUCCCAAAACUUCACCAAAUUAUCUAAAUCCUGAUAUAAACUUAACAUAAUAUAAACUUAACAUAAUAUAAACUUAACAUUCUGUAAAUUUUACAUAAUGUCAACAAUGUGUGUGAUUGUAAGAGAGAUAAAUAAAUGACAGGAAAUCUAAUGACAAUCAGACAAAUAGUCAGUCAGACAAUGAAACCUUUAACUAUUAUUAUUUAUUAUUAUUAUUAUUAUUUUUAUUAUUAUUAUUUAUGAGGGUAGCGCUAAACUCUUAGGGGCCAUACAGAGCAAGGGACAUGGGAUGGCAAUCAGAUUCACCCCAAUUCAUUGGCUCAAGAGCCCUUGAGGGUCAUGUGGAGCAGAUCCGACUUUAGUACAGUGAUGUGUGGCUCCUACGGAUUUACCGCUCCCCCGUUAAAACAAUAUUAAUAAUGAUCAGCUGUAGUACAAUAUCUUGUACUUGACACCAAGCUUGGUACAAUAUGUUGUACUUGACACCAAGCUUGGUACAAUAUCUUGUACUUGACACCAAGCUUGGUACAAUAUCUUGUACUUGACACCAAGCUUGGUACAAUAUCUUGUACGUGACAUCAAGCUUGGUACAAUAUCUUGUACUUGACACCAAGCUUGGUACAAUAUCUUGUACUUGACACCAAGCUUGGUACAAUAUCUUGUACUUGACACCAAGCUUGGUACAAUAUCUUGUACUUGACACCAAGCUUGGUACAAUAUCUUGUACUUGACACCAAGCUUGGUACAAUAUCUUGUACGUGACAUCAAGCUUGGUACAAUAUCUUGUACUUGACACCAAGCUUGGUACAAUAUCUUGUACUUGACACCAAGCUUGGUACAAUAUCUUGUACUUGACACCAAGCUUGGUACAAUAUCUUGUACUUGACACCAAGCUUGGUACAAUAUCUUGUACUUGACACCAAGCUUGGUACAAUAUCUUGUACUUGACACCAAGCUUGGUACAGUAUCUUGUACUUGACACCAGCUUGUUAUACACUGUCAGAGAGUGUGACACAGUAUACCUUGUACUUCUCUUGUGGCAGUCAGCCCCCUUAAUAACAGUCGAUAUAUCACUGUUACUAAGACAGUCAAACGGAUGACUUAACGAGCCUCAAAACAGUGAUUAUCUAACGUGGAAACUUGAUCUAGGCGCCGCAAGUCCUUCUAUGUUCGCUCCUCAGAACUCUUCAUCGCCUUCAUCUUAUAUUUAAUUUACUGGCGUUGUGGUGUUUCAUAACUUGUUAAGUUUUUGUUAACGGAGGCCGAUAUAACCUAAGUAAACCCUGGAGGACACACCAUAGUGGAAGGCAGAGGUGUGGCUAACCUCCAGUAUCAGAAGGUAUUGCCUAAAUUUUGAUGUUAUCAGUAACGGCUUGAGCAUCAGUAUCCAUAAAGGGAUUUUUGGUAUCGUUCCAUCAAUUACUACUA